CGCCCAUCCAGCACCCCCGACUUCGACUCCGACACCGAAGAAGAAGACCUCUCAGAAAUCGCAGAGUACUUCUCCAACAAAAUGACCGACGAUACCGACCGGCGGGUUGAAACCGUCUUUGGCGCGGGCGUCGAUGUGUGGACGUCGUGGAAUGGGACGGUGUAUGUGGAGGUCCAGGAUAGGGUUGUGAGGCGUGUGGAGAGGGAGAGGAGGGAGAGGAGGGAGAGGAAAGAAAAGAGGAAUAUGAUGAGGAGACAGAAGAAGAUAGGUGCGGGGGGUACGGAUGAGAAGGAAGGUAUGGCUGGCGUUGCGCGUAUACCUCCAUCUGAUACAGACGCUGCCUCAACACGCUUCCCUGCGCCUCGUCCAGAUACCGAGGCUUCACCAUACCCUACUCGCCGCAUCGUGUCGGGCUCGUUUGGCAGCUUCGAUGUAAAGCGGCCGAGCAGGUUUGAUGAGCGUCCGUAUAGGUUGUUGGGUAAGAGUGAUAGGGAGAAGAUGGGGAAGAGUGAUAAGAGGGAGAAGGGAGGAGAUGGUGCGAGUGGGAAGUUGGAUGUGUUCAAGGGGAAGCCUUGGCUUGUGCGUUGAGGGGGAAAUGGGAGGGUGGAUGUAUGAUUUGUUGAGGGAUUGGGAGAGUGGAGAGGGAUGGUGGUUUGGUGGUGGAUGGAUGAUACAACUGAAAGGAACAGAAAACGGAUGUUAAGCGUGCGCAAACGACUAAUAAACGGGAGUUUGUACCAUUAAGAUGAACAUACCUACUUCAACACGACCGUGUCUGGGUGGUGUUGAAUUGAGGGGCUGGGAGACGCGAAGUCAACCGUACUGUCCCGCUAGUAGUGUAUAAUCUAGCCAAAACCUCGUGUUAUAUUGGUAUACUUACCACAAGUAUUUCAUUUCAGUAGAUACUCAUAUCUAUCACGUAGGAUAACAUGUAUCAACGAGGUGU